AUGACAACAGCAGUACAAGAAAUUCUCAACAUGUACCGCAGGAUUUUCAGGUUUAUAAGGAGGUGGCAUGCAGAAUCAGGGCAGAUGGAAGAUACCAUCAGAGAAAAGCAGUACAUUAUAAAUGAAGCCAAAAUGUCAUUCCAGAAAAACAAAAAUCUUAUGGAUUCAGAACUGAUCAAGCAAUUUAUAGAUGAAUGCACAGCAAGAAUUGAAAUAGGAAUACAUUAUCAGAUCCCAUAUCCAGGGCCAAUUCCCCUUCCUCCAAUAGCCCUCGCUCCCCUACAAAGUCAUGGCCUUCAAAUCCAGGAGAAACUAAGGAAACUUUUCAGACCAUUAUAUCUCAAGUUUCAUGAUGACGUUUCUUAA